AUGACUCGAAGUAGAGCACAGAGCGUGGCUCGGGGAGAGCUUCAGCCAGCCCCAACAACCAGUCGUCAGGUGAAUCGCGUCAACGUUGAGGAAAAGGAGGUGCUUGUUGAAGAGCCGGUUGCAUUGGGCGCGUCUAGUGGAACCGAACAGCCAGACUUGCCGCUCUCUUCCCCAUCACAGUCACGACUCUUGGUCUCAAUACCCAUGGGCGAUUCCAAACGGAAACUCAACAACACAGCCGAACAACCUCAUAGUUCUCCUCAGAAGCACCGGCGGAUUUCACAGGGCAAGGAACAGUACCAGCCACCAGAGCCGCAGAGUCCAUCCCAGUCGCACGAGCAGCAAGCAGAAGCUCAGAUCAAGCUCGAUCAGAUACAAGGCGCUAUUUCAGAGGAAGACAAGGCAGACUCAACAGCAGCUACGGUGCCACCCUACAGCCAGCCCGAUCAGAUACAAGGCGUUGUUUCAGAGGGAGGCAAGGCAGACUCAACAGCGGCUACGGUACCACCCCACAGCCAGCCCGAUCAGAUACAAGGCGUUAUUUCAGAGGGAGGUAAGGCGGAUUCAACAGCAGCUACGGUGCCACCCCACAGCCAGCCCGAUCAGACACAAGAAGUUGUUUCAGAGGGAGGCAAGGCAUAUUCAACAGCAGCUACGGUACCAUCCCACAGCCAGCCCGAUCAUGAUGAACACUUUCAAGAGUUACAGGAAGUCUCCUACGCAGCGUCAAUAUCACAGCAGAAGGAGAGCCACGACAUCACAACAUCUAGAGAGUCAGCAGAAGCACCUCAUACACCAAUGCAGGACGGAGACGCGACAAAGGAACCGUCUUUGGAUAACCGUGAAGGAGGAGAGCGAGGAGAUGACUCGCGAUCGAAAACGAACAUCCCCGAGGCAGCUUCCAAUACAAAGGACAACUGGGACGAUCAACACCGAAGGAAGCGUGCAAGGACGAACGACAAGGCCGAGGGUGAUGGGAUUCAGGAUGAUGACGAAGACAGUGAUCCCGAGGAGGACGAAGAAAACCAGGUGGUUCCUGAGUAUGUUUUGCGGGAGAUGCAGGCGUUUGAACAAGGGUUCAAUGGUCUGCAGGGAAAGUUUAAACUUCUGGACAAGAUCGGAGCAGGCACUUUUAGUUCUGUUUAUAAGGCGAUCGACCUCGAGCACGAACAAUACGACAACACGGCAUGGGAUUAUCAGAUGGAAAAGCUACCUGACGCCGAUGUCUCUGAGGACAAAUCUACUACAACCAAGCUGAGCGACUCUGAAGGAGGCAAAGUGGUGGCGCUUAAACGGAUUUACGUGACGAGCAGUCCUGAUCGGAUACAAAACGAAAUUGCCAUCCUGCAUGAUCUAAGUGGCCACAAGAAUGUUGUGCCGUUGAUCACCGCGUUCCGAUUUAUGGACCAGGUUAUUGUCGUAUUGCCUUACUUUGAGCACCGCGACUUUCGGGAAUACUACAAGACACUGCCCAUGGACGGUAUCCGCUGUUACUUUCGCGCACUACUCAAAGCCCUCAUGCAUGUACACGCCAGCGGCAUUAUUCACAGGGAUGUCAAGCCAAGCAAUUUCCUCUAUGACGUUCAGAGAAAGACAGGAAUGCUCGUAGACUUUGGACUUGCACAGCGCCAGGAGAGUUCACGCAAGUCCUAUCGCGAGUCGAAGUCGCGGUCGUCAUCUUUGAGAGCUAGCGCAGCGGAAAGAACAUCAGCCGUAGCCUCAGCAGCGUCCGCAGCAGUAAGGCCAUCAACCUCUACAUCGGCGGCGACUGCACCAACAAGGAUAUCAACAUCUUCGACUAAUGCAGGAGCUAGGGCAUCGACUCCAAAUCCAACGGGACCGACGACAUCAACUGCAGGUGUAGCGACGACAGGAACGCAAGCGCAAGCAGCACAUUCCUUCUUGGCACAAAGGUCUGGCUCUACUCGACGCGACAAGGAAAACGACGCCCCUGUCAGCUCGAGAUCUAUGCUCGAGAGUCGAGCAACGCCCAGAACAUCACACGCCUCCAUGGCUGUUACUGGCGCACCAACACAACCGACAGCGACAUCCUAUGUUUCUUCUUCGACAGUUCCUACUCCAGCACGCAAUCAGGUCCAUUCUGUCCGCCACACGACCACUACACAGGAUUUUGCCGCGACACUUCAGAAUCCAUUUCAAAGGCAGCGUCCUGGAGCACAUGCCGCAAGCAUUAGCGCCACUGUCGCCAAUAACCCCUCUCCAAUGCCUAGUCACUCUACCCACGGACGGUCAAAACACCCCUCACACCUUCCUCACUCAGAGACCUCCUCAAUACCCCCUAUUGGCCCAGUACCAAAGGCCACUCGUGCACUAGGAUUUGAUAAGAAGGAUCCAAGGCCUGUCAUCAGAGUUAACCGUGCAGGAACGAGAGGAUUCAGGGCACCAGAGAUUCUCUUCAGACAUGUUCAGCAGACAGUUGGACGAUUCCCUUUCUUCCAUUCGGACGACGAUCUGGAGGCUCUAUUAGAGAUUGCGGUCGUUUUUGGUCAACGUGAAAUGGCCGCCGUCGCUGCCACAUUCAAACAUAGUUCAUCGAGGAACCUCGACGCGCAGGCGACACCUGCUUCAGAUGCACAUGGACAAAGUGUAACAUUUCAGGCUCAUGAUCCAACUAUUGUGGCGUCGAAGAUGGACCUUCAGUACCGAAGCGGCACCCACAAGCAAGAUGGUCUGCCUGAGCCCGACAAUCGGAGACGUGCCCACAACGAUCUUAUGACGAGAGGAAAAGAUCGAAAGGCAGAGACAACACCGACUGCAACUUCUGCAACCGCUGCGACACAGCCAGACGUUGAGGCGACAUCGACCAAUCCAGAUCCUAAGUCCGGUACCUCUUCCGCAACCAAUGGUACUAGGAAACUCACAAUCCACGAAAUAGAGACCGCUUACAUCAAGUCGCUCAAUAUUGUCGGUACGGAGAACGAUGAGGAUUUUAUGGAUGCAAUCGAUCUUCUGGACAAACUCUUGGCGCUGGACCCGACCAAACGAAUCACUGCCCGACAAGCACUGAAGCACCGAUUCCUUGCAGAAGACAAACCAAUGAAGCGGACAUCAACACACCUUUGGAUCCAGUUGGUCCUCUUCUUAGUCCUGACGAUUAUCAAUGUUCCGCCGUGGCUAAUGUUCAAAGGCAACACUAUUGCCUCCGUCUGUGCUCUCGAUGUCUCUUUCGGCGGCGAGGGCAAUGAACCCAACGUUGUUGUCGUCGAAACUUUGACGCAAGGUCAAGACGGCGAGCAUGACGAACGGACACGAGAAGGACAGGCUCAUGUUCAAGGAUUUCAACAGCAACAAAGACCACUGGGGUUUGUGAAGUCUGAUCCUAGUCUGGACUCGAUCCCAAUGUCGAGUCUUCAGGGGAGUAUCGUUGUUGCAGAUCCCCAGCUCGAUUCGCAGAGUCGUAGUGGGGGAGAUAUGGAGAAGGAGGCCAAAGAUGCUCAACAGACGCCUCUGGAAGCACCGUCACCACAGAACCCAGACACUUCUUCGCUAGAUGACCUUGUAGCACCAGUAACCGAACCGCCUACAACUGGAUCAACGCACCCUAUCCGGCGGCUGAUCAACACCUACUACGUGCGAUUGUCAGCAUUACCUGGCACGGAGGAGGCAAAAGCCCAGCAUGCGCUGGUGAGAAAUGCCCUGCUGGCACUUCCUGGGAAAGUGACGAUCCGACAGGAGUUUGGGAGGGACGAGGACGAUGUGUUGAAUGUGAUCUCGUUCAAGUUGGAGGGGUGUAGUGAUGAGCUCGAGGAGGUCGCUGCACUUCCGGGUGUUAUUGGGAUCUAUCCUGUGCACACGCGGAAGAGACCAAAGGCAUUGCCAUUGGGAUCGCUGCAGAGGACGAGGCCUAGCCUGGAGUCUGCGCAUAUCCUGACAGGGAUUCAGAUGGUCCACCAGAAGCUCGGUCUGACCGGCAAAGGCAUCAAAGUCGGCAUCAUCGACACGGGAGUGGACUACAAGCAUCCGGCGCUGGGAGGAUGUUUCGGUCCUGGAUGCAAGGUCGCUUAUGGGUAUGACUUUGUGGGCGAUGAUUACGAUAACGGCGACAGCGAGAAGGAUACGCCGAAACCUGAUAAGGAUCCCAUGGACUGUGCAGGGCAUGGUACCCAUGUUGCUGGUAUUGUUGCCGCGCGUAAUGAAGGACCGAACGCGAUGGGGCCUCAAAAUUUUGUUGGUGUUGCUCCCGAUGCAACUAUUGGAGCGUACAGGGUGUUUGGAUGUGACGGAGAAGUCAGUGACGAUGUCCUGUUGGCAGCACUGAAGAGAGCAUACAGGGACGGCAUGGACAUUGUGAACUUGUCCCUCGGAGGAUCUUCCGGGUGGCCCGAAGAGCCCUUCGCUACCGCCUGCAGUUCCUACAUCAAAAAGGGGCUCCACAUCGCGAUUGCCAACGGAAACGACGGCGAGGAAGGACUCUUUGAAGAUGGCGCACCAGCGACGGCUGCGGGUGCAGUGGCUGUUGGGAGUGUUGACAAUACGCAUUUCUUAGGCCCUGCGGCAGAUGUAGUCUGGCAGUCGUUGGACCGUAAUGGGAAGGAGGUUAGUGCUGUUGCUGGACGUGUCGAUGGUGCUGCUGCUGGAGGUGGGGUGGUGGGUCGGAUCGGGAUGGCGUUGGGUGCUGAUGCGGCGGACGUGCCCUUAGUUGCGUUCAGGAGUGAUUUGACUUAUGUCAUAUAUGCCCCCUCCAAGGAUCCUCAAGGAUGCGCACCCUAUGACGAGGCUGCACUGGACAGAGAUAACCAAGUCCCUCGGCCCAACAUUGUUGUUCUCCUCCGUCGUGGUGGAUGUACGUUCAGCGACAAGGCCAAACUGAUUGCCAACGCCAAACUUGGGGGGCUGUUGGUUUAUGAUAUCAUCCCUGAACAACGGCCCUUAGGAAUGGCAGUGAGUGGGUUCAACAUCUCUGCGGCUGGUCUUUCCUUUGAGGACGCUACUGUGCUGAUGAACGCGUUGAAGGCUAAAGAGACCAAUCCGACGCUCCGGAAUAGCGGUCGCAAGUUGACUGCGCGGUUCUCGAGUACCGACCAGAUCUUGAAGUUGGCGAGUGGAGGCAAGAUCUCGGACUUUUCGUCGUGGGGCCCAGAUGCUCGAUUGCAAUACAAGCCCGAUAUUGUGGCACCUGGAGGAAUGAUCUACUCAACUUUCCCCCUGGCCAAGGGCGGGUUUGCGACCUUGCAGGGCACAUCGAUGGCGUCUCCUUACAUGGCCGGUAUUCAAGCCCUGUUCCUGUCUAAGUAUGGGAAAACCGAGCCGGCGCUGCUGUUGAGGAUCUUGCAAUCGACUGCUGUCGUGACCGUCAAGCCUGGAUCGAGUGAAGGGCUGACCUCGGUCUUUCAGCAAGGUGGUGGGUUGGUCUCGAUGGAGAGGCUGUUUGCGCAGGAACUGCCCACGAUUGUCUCGCCGACAGCUCUAUACCUCAACGACACUCAGUUCCAGAAACUCGACCACGACAUCACUUUUGUCAACCCAUCGGCCUCGUCUGGUCGCACUUGGACACUUGUUCACAGACCUGCCGUCUCGGUCAACGGAUUCGAGGAUUCCAACCACUACAGUCCUGUCAACCAAUCUCGUCUUCGGCAUUCGGAUAUCUCUGCCGGUUCUGCUAGCAUGACCCCAGCUCAAUUUCAACUAGGCCCGGGUGCCACAGGUACUUUUCGCGUUCGUAUCGAUCCGCCUACAGGCUUGGACAUCAAGGAGCGGUGGCUAUUCAGCGGGUUCCUCGAGUUCCAGUGCAGGACGACCCAAGGCGCAAGCUGCGGAUCAAGUCUCGUUUCUUACGGAGGAAUGCAUGGACAUUUGGGCGAUAUUCCGAUCCUGAAUCCAGCUCUGAUCUACCCAGCCUUGCAACUCGACAGGCUCCUCAACGCUGAUGGGGCCAGUAGGACCACCUCAUCUUCGACCCCUGACAACGACAACGACGACGAACACCAUGUCCACUCCGACACCGGCAGGACCCCCUCGGGCCACAAAAAGAAGGGCGGCGACAACACAAAGAGGAAGGAACAAAAAAACCUCUUCCGGGACCAGUCUGAGCUUGUCCAGGUCGGCAAGGGUGACCAAGACUGGGUCCAGAUCCUGGUCUCUAUCAAUUUCCCGACAAGUCUGCUCACAAUUGAGGCCGAAUCUGUCUGCGACAAUGAUCAUGGUGCGGGGAGCAGCGGUGACAGGAUUCGACUGGAGAUUGGAGGAUCUGGUCGGAGCCGGUUCCAGAUCGAGACUGAGGAGGACCUCGAGGUGGCUGAGAAUAUGGUCGCCAGGGUUGAGCUGCACACAGGAGACGAGGACGAGUUGCCUGAAGACAUGGAUCUGGGGUUGGUGGCGCAUAUGAAGGAGCGUUUGGCGCGGUCUCGGGAGCUGGCGUUCAUGCCUAGCGGUCUUUACAUGCCCUAUGAGGGGUACUCUCGUGUCAUGGCGCCUAAUGUCCCCAUUGAACCCUUGUCUCUCCUCCGCAAGUCUCACAAGCAUGGCAAGAAGUCCAAGGGCAAGGCCGAGUCCAAGUUUGGGAAGAAGAAGAGCAAAAAGGCGCACAAGUCCAAGUCGAUCAAGAAGAGCUCAUCCAAGCACCAACGCCACUACCGCCAAGGCGCCAAAUCGACAUCCGGCGACAAGAAGGGUCGCCGCAACGAGAACGACCGCAAGAACAAGAACAAGAACCGCCAUCAUCGAGAUAAAGAAAACGGCGAAAUCACGACCCCUCACCACAAGAAGCAAGGCGGCGGUAGUGAUCGAUCUCGAGGACGAAGGCGACCGGCCUCAGCAUCAGCACGACCAUCAAGACUCUCACCUCCCUCUCAAAUCAGAUCUCCCACCUGUGUACCCCGGAUAUUGGGCCUGAUCCCUAAUGGGUUCAAUCCUUGGUCAACACGCACGGACUCGACGGAAGGAAACGCGUUCCAAACUUUUUCGUGGAUGGGCGACCUAUUGCUCCAGAACCAUGAUGCCAACUCAGAACCCCAAUGUGGCGCUGACGGACUUGAUACUGGAGAGGAUACGGAGUCUUUGGUCAAGGAUGUCGAUGGCGGAAAGGGAGACAAGAAGAAGAAGAAGCGCAAGGGCAAGGGCAAAAGGCCACGACCAGACCAGAAUAUGGCAGAAGGUGCACAACCAGAUCUGACGAGGGAUCUGCCAGAUGGUCAGUACCGCCUUGUGGUCAAGGUGCUCAAGCCCUGGGGAGUCCGCGGUCGCGCCAUUGAUGUCGAGCGCUGGUCCAGUCCCAUCAUUGUCAUCAAGCGACGCAAGUAA